AUGCUGAUCCUGAGCUGCUCCUCCAAGCUGCGGCUGCUGGAAGGGACACUAUGGAGGGGCCUGCCUGAUAUAUUGCUGGUCUCUGGCACUGUGAUUACCAUAAACUGGGGGAAACCGGCUGCACAGGAGGUGCUGGUGGAUUCAUGGCCCAAGUUCAAAGUCAUCCUCACCCAGAUGUGCAGAAAGGUGUCUCUAGAUGACUCUGAUUUGUACACCAACACAUACACAGUGUACUACCGGGACCUAGGUGCCAGCCGGGCCCUGCUGGCCAGUGCAUGUGCUGUCAACUGGGGACAGACCUUCCGCAUCCUUGGGCUCCAGGAUGGAGUGUACGAAGUCUGCAAGGACAUCGCCAAGGCUAAGGGGAUCAAGCUGGAGGUGUUGCGCUACUUCACCUAUUUUCACCCAGAUCCCAGCUCCACGCCUGAGAUCUGGCUGGACCCGGCCAUGAAGCUCUCAUCCCUGGAUGUCUCUCACGCUGACCUGCUGAAUGAGACGUGGGUCUUUGGGGGGAAUGAGAAAAGCAGGAAGUACUUGGCCAACCUGAUCUGUCACUUCCCUAGUGUCUGCCUGCUCGAUGCUGCUUGGCACCCAGUCAGCUGGAUCACUUCUUAUCCGUUUGGUGCCAUGGGGCUUUUCUACACUCUGCCCCAGCACUGGCAGUGCGGCUACAUGGGGAUGCUGAAUAAUUUGUUAAUCAAGCGGUUGCACACACUAGGCUAUCCCAGCUAUGGCUGUGUGGCCGUGGAGAACUACCCCAUGCAGAGGUUGCAGGAGAAGCAGGGCUUCCAGCGCCAGCCCAACCUGUGGUACGUCAUUCUUCACAACCCAGCAUUGGGGAAAGUCCCCAUGUUAACCCCCAGGCCAGCACCAGGCACAGCCCCUGCAUGA